CGCCCAGCAGUCGCCAUCUGACCGUGAUUCGUGAAGUGCCUAACCGUUUUAUGAGUAUCGACACGUGAUCUAGGUGUGCUGUGAGUUGACAAAAAAAUUACGAAAACAAACAAAGUCAUAGCCUACACUUUCAAUUCGAUUAAAAAAAGUUAAGUAGCGGAAAAAUGGAAAUUUCUGUUAUAAACGAAUGAAACUGCAGAAACAACCAAAAGCAAUAAUAAAUAAAGUGCUGAUAUAAAAAAGCAAUAAAAAGCGUUUAUCAAAAAUAUAAAUUACCUCAAAAAAAAUCUAUCUCCGCGCUGAAAUAAAAAAAUUUAUGGACAUGCUCUAAUACUAAAUUAAGUUAAUAAAAAAGAAGUUAUAUCAUCGUCAUGGCGUUCGCGGCGGCCCGUAUGAUCCUCAAGGAUAAAAGAAGGAAACCCUCAAAGGAAGACUUCACACGAAACCGAAGCAAGGCGCGCAGUGGAAGCGCUAGUAGCUAUAGAAGUCUGAGUCAGGCGAGAAAUAAGCCCGUAGACGGCGGACAUGUCGGACAGAAGUUGCAGGCCGGCCAGAGGACACCGACGCACGGACCGAAAAGUGCGGGCGCGAAGACCGCGGCGAAGCCGGGCCCGAAACCGGCCGCCCAGAAGGGACAGCCGAUCAAGCAGGCGCCGGCGAAGGCGGCCGCGACCGCCGCGAAUAAGUCGAUGAAGAAGCCGAAGAAGGGCGGGAAGCAUCAUCAGCACGAUCUCAUCGUGAAUAUAGAUUUGACCGAAUACGGCUUGUCAGAGGACCAAGUCGCGGAAUUUAAAGAGGCGUUCAUGCUGUUCGACAAAGACGAAGACGGCACGAUAACGAUGGCAGAGCUUGGAGUUGUGAUGCGGUCUCUAGGUCAACGUCCAACAGAGACGGAACUGCGAGACAUGGUCAACGAGGUCGACCAGGAUGGAAACGGAACGAUCGAGUUCAACGAGUUCCUGCAGAUGAUGUCGAAGAAGCUCAAGGAGGCCGACUGCGAGGAGGAGCUUCGCGAAGCUUUCAGAGUGUUCGAUAAAAAUAACGAUGGGCUGAUAUCGUCCAAUGAACUUCGCCACGUCAUGACGAGCUUGGGCGAACGGCUUUCGGAGGAGGAGGUUGACGAUAUGAUCAAGGAGGCUGAUUUGGAUGGUGAUGGUCAGGUCAACUACGAAGAGUUCGUGACUAUCCUAACGGCCAGAAACUAGAAACGCAGCGAGGAGAGACAGCGCCAAGUGGAGACGAAAAAUCUGGACACUUAAAUCAGCAUCCAUUAUUACUCUUUAAAAUUCCUAAUAUGCACUGCUUACAAAACUAUUCGUAUAAACUAUAAAUGUAUUUCUCAAAACAGGGUGGUAAAAAUGUUUCCCCAAAAUUUUCCUUGUCGAACCGAAAUUUUGGGAAACAAAUUUUCUUACUAAAUCAUUUUUUAAAUCUUUAGGCUUGUUAUAAGAUAUUUUAGGAUUAGUAUUGUCUUAAGCCGUCUUUCUGAUAUAAACGUUUGCUUUACGUUGUGCUAGAGUAAUGCGUGUAUAAGUCGUACUUAGGGUUUACGUCCAGCCUCCCACCGCGUUCCUCCCACUGAUGUGUUCGCAUCCCGAGAAUCUCCUUCCCUCUGUGUGUCGGGCUGGACGUGAGAUACGUACAAUCAAUGUUCAAAUUGUGAAUGCUUUACAGAGGAUUCGUUUUAGCCCUUGACUUUUUCGUAUCGUUGUGAUUAGCCCUAGGGGUAGGUACGUUAGGCGGAUAUUUUUGUUCAUGUACUUAUAGGUCGAUAAACAAGUGCACUAAUGCAUUAAAAGACUGCACGAUAUUUGUUCAAAUUUGAGAAAAAAAGGCAACGCUGAAGUUGUUAGGGGGUAGGUAACUGAAUUGUGGUUGUUUCACUCCAUACCAGGUUGUGCAACACGUGAAUUAGGUAGCAAAAUUUAUUAUUGUUUACAUUUUGGUCAAAAUAGAUUCAUUGCUAUAGACAAUAGACAAUAAUUUAUAUGGUUUCUUCUUCAUUCUGUUGAUGUACCUCUCGUUCUUACCAGGCGUUAUAUCCAUUGAUAGACUACGAAACGAUUACUCGUCUUCCUAGUUUUAAUGAACGCGUUCAUUACAAUUAUUGUCCACCUGUAGGUAUUUUAUGACAGUUUUUAAAAGACCAAGGUUAUCCUUCUAUUGCUAUUAAAUCGUGUUGUAUAUAGCAUAAGGGUGUUAUAUAAUUUUUCUAUUAUUAUUGAAGAUAGAUUUUAUUUAUAUGUCUGUUGUUUGCAUAGUUCAUAAUAUAAAUGUAAAACAUUGAAGAAAUAAAUAAUGAGAGUAGACUAAAUAAAUAUAUGUUAGUUCAAUUCCAUAACAAACAUUAGUCCAUCUUACAGUUGCGGACAACAAAAAAUCCACUUCCCGAUUCCGACCAUACUAUAUUGCGACGUAAGAUUGACUAGUUUUGUUUAUGGAAAUGAAUUUAAUUUGAUGUAAAUGUAAAACAAAUGUUCAAUAUUAAAAGAAAAUAUCAAAGUAAAUAAUUGCGAGAAGUUA